ACGUUUCGCAUACAAGAAAUUCUUUUCUAAAAAUCUAUAUUCUAAAAUCUAUAAGAUCAUAAACUUUUUAAACAGUAUCAAAUUAUGCUCAAGAAUUAUUCCAUAAAUAAAUUCCAUGGAACAUUCUGAACAAAUCUGUAAUUAUUACCUUUUUUUUAAGUCCGGUAGUUCAUAACAAAACUAGCGAAACUUUUUAGUGACAUGGUGGAUUCUGUUAGGAAUCACUACCAACUGCCUAAAUCUGGAUACAAUUCGUAGGUCUGGAAAAGACUCCUGUGUCCGCCUGUGUUCUGUGUGGAGGUCCGCCAAAUCUCCUAAUUGAUUGGCAUCGUCGAUGAUGAAUACAAAAUUGUCAGUCUGGGUUUAGCUUUGUUUUUAAACUUUUUCUAUGGUGAGAAAAGUUUUAAAAUUGAAAACUUAAAAAAGAUUACAAUGUUUUGUGUAAUUUACUGCUCAUAUAUACAAUCCAAAACCGCAUGACGAAGAAAUUCCUAACCAAACUACCAACCUGUUUACAUAAUCUGCCGAUGCGUGCGUUGUUUAUAUUUUCUUUGUUGUUUGAACCUCAUUCAUUGAUAGCGGAAAAAAAUCCGUGAAUGAAUUAUGUUUUGAUUGGCCAACUCUGCCGGUAUUAAUUUCUAUCAGUUCGCUUGCAGUAUCCCGCGCUCUAAUCAGUUCUACUUGUGCGUGAUCUUGGAUCGGUUUGGAAAUGCAUGUUCUAUAUUUGCUGGCAGUUUCAAUACUACUCGCCGGAUCUAGCCAAUUCAGAGUACUCGCUGAGGAUAGUGCAUCACCACCGGAUGAUGAUAGUCAAAAAGCACCCGUAUUUGUGCGCAGCAAAUUCAAUUUGAGAAUCUGGUCUACUACAGAAACUUUUGUCACAGAGAUAAACGGAACUGAAACGGAUACGACUGCAGCUCCUGCAGUGACCAUACCAACAAAGACUACAUGGAAAUCGAAGCGUACUCGAUCUACGACAAUGGCGACAUCUACUACAAUUCAACCAAACAGUAAAGAAGAGUCCAGUAGCACAACGUUUGCAGCCGAACUGGUAACUGUUACGGUACCAACCAAAAACCUUACAUUAACUACGUUGAAGACAAAACUGCGAAAACUUUCAGCGCCGGGUUGUGGGGAGCUUAACGGAGAUGACAUUCCAUGGAUUGCGGUUUUGGAGCAUACAAGUCCCAAGGAUGACGAUGUGCGCAAAAAGACAUUGAGCAAGGGCGUACUUAUUGAUGAGCGCCACGUUUUGACGACAAUCUCCAGCAUCCACAAUUCGUAUCCGUUCUGGGUAGUGACGGGAGUCCGUCUAGGUGAUACUCCAACGUGGGCAUUUGUGGAAGGUGGCAAAAAGAUUAAAGCCAAAAAACGGGACGUUUUGUCAGUGCCUAUUAAAAAUGUGUUUUUGCACGAGAAAAAAGAUAUUGCCGUAAUCAGGCUAGCCGAACGUGUGAAUUUUACCGAAAAAGUGCGACCAGUAUGUUUGCCGACUUCCGAUCGAUACAAUUAUACUGAGCUGUAUUUCCAUGUUUGCAAGAAAGAGAGAUCCGAGCUCAAUAGGGCUAAUACGACCAGUAAACUGGUGGCCGUGACGUCACUAGCACAAACGGAUUGUCAUAUUCUGUUCCAGCGGCACAAGGCGGAGCUGGGCACAAAGGAAUUUUGUGCUUGGGACGAAACGGGAGAUAACUGUACGGGCGAUCUCGGGGGACCGCUAAUGACGAAGCUCAGUGGACGGUAUCACGUUGUAGGCCUGAAUUCGUACGCGCUAGCUAAGUCUAAAAUUGACAGCGAAGGACUCCCUGGAGUGUACGUACGCGUCGGCUCCUUCCUCAGGUGGAUCCAUGCGGUGCUGAAAACGGAAUUCAAUGGUGACUCGCUUGUGCCGAAGGGAACGACGGAAGUUCUAACAUAAUUGCCGCACGCUGAUUAGCGUCCCAAUCCAUAAAGGCUAGGGAACGAGGUAGAAAUCGUGCCGGCCUAUUUAUUGUUACUUUUGUUACUGCUAUUAUUGCCAUCAUCUCAUCUUUAAAGAGAGCAAUCUCAAUGGCAUACAAUCUUGAAAAGAAAUCGGGCUGAUUACUGCCGUUUCGACGAUGCUAGAGGAAAUAUUGCUAUUAAAAUGAUUUAUUAUAUGUCACAUCCAUGGAGUAUGCGAACACGGUUGCCAGCAUGAAUUGCAACA